CGCUUCCACGCAUGCGUUCAUGGUCAGAUAUCGGGCGCUGACGGUACCACAGUACGGUGAAUUAAGCCUAUUUGGACAAGGAUACGAAAAAAUAACACCCAGUUGCAGAUCGCGGGAUAGAGUGUGGCCGAUACAACUGAUUGAGGCAACAGAAAACCAUGUCCAGGCAAGUUCUACAGCUCGAACCGGAGUCUGAACUCCAUUUUCAAGGGCCAUUCAACGAUGUAGUGACUUCACACCUUAAGCUGUCAAACCCGACAGAUAGACGUAUCUGCUUCAAGGUGAAGACAACUGCUCCAAAACGAUAUUGCGUACGGCCUAACAGUGGUAUCCUCGAGCCCAGGCAAUCUAUCCAAGUAGCUGUUAUGCUGCAGCCCUUCGAGUAUGACCCAACAGAGAAGAACAAGCACAAGUUCAUGGUGCAGACCAUGUUUGCUCCAGAUGGUGAUGUCAACCAGGAGACAGUCUGGAGAGAUGUCAAUCCAGAAAAUUUGAUGGAUUCUAAACUACGCUGUGUCUUCGAAAUGCCCACCGAUAAUGCUCCCCAGAAUAACCUUGAUGUGAGCACAUCUCACGGUGAUGACAAAAUGACUGUGCCUAAGACGGUAACCGAACCUGCACCCAAAUCCCCCAAGCAGGCAGGCACCCAAGAGACUGAACUGAAAAAGUUGUCAGAAGAGAACAAGCGACUGCGUGAUGAAGUGAGCCACUUGCGCUUAGAGAACUCAAACCUCAAGGAGGAAGGUUUGCGGCAGCGCAUGAUGCGCAGCACAGCUCCGGCAGAGGAGUAUGUGAGUGCACAGAGUGCUGCAGAAGUUGCGGGAGCUCGCACACAACAGCCUACCAAGAAGGCCCCUGCUGCUGUAGGAGGAACUUCGCCACUUGUUCUUACAGUGUUUGCAGUGGCGAUGCUCAUCGUAGGUGUGCUGGUUGGCAAGUGGCUCUUUUGAGGUGGCACAGGAGCUGCUGCUCCUCCUCCUGCUACCACUCAGUCAUCCCUCCCUUUCCUGUUGGCAGUCCCAAGAUGGCACAUCUGGCUCCUCCUAACAACUUCUCUUGUAUUAUGCCCUUUUCUUUCACUGCCUGUUCUUCAUUCCUGUUUUCUUGCUUUGAUACUAGGCUGGCAAAGAUCUUUUUGAUACAGUUUUACCUGCCUGUGACUUGUGUAUCUUGCACCUUUUAAGGUGACUGGAAACUAAAUCUUAAUUUAACCUGUAGAAUUGUUGAUAUGCACUAUUUUAUGUCUGAUAGCAGUUUUUCUAGUGUAUGGGUAUGUGCAUGGCCCAACUGCAGAAAUUUCUGCUUAUGUGGCACUCCAUUGAAACAUGGCCGGUGAUAUCCCAUGUUAGAAUGCAGUGACCAUGCUGAGAACGGGACUCAAUAGUAGUUCAUUACAUUACUUUGAGGUGGAAAAGGAAGCAUUGAAUAGCUGAAGGAACGUGUCUUUGUAUUUCAUAUAUUUUACUUAUCUUAGGAUGCUGAUAAAGGGUAAAUAUGGUGUUCAUAAGUUUGCUUCCAUUCUCUCCAGUUGGUCUGGAAAAAGUUGUGCUCAGAGGAGUGCACGAGUGCUGGGUGCUUUCAGUGGGGGAGGAUAUAAAGUUAGUUUCAUGUAAAUGUCCAGCCAAAAAUAAAGAAUCUAAAGUUUCAAGGCAAGGCAACAGUAUCACUAGUGUGCUUUAUUUGACUUGUGCAAGCAGUCAUUUUCCUUUCUUCGAGUUGUUUUAAUUGCAUUGAAAAUGGGAAGGCUGACAGAUGUGUGUUCAUCAGUGAACUGUCUCGUGAGGGGUGUCAUGAAUGUGUGCUGGCUGACUAAACUCUAGGCUCAAGAUAUACCUUCAUUCCUCUGCCUUUUCAUUUCUAACAUGAACACUUCUUGGGAAGGAACUGCUGCUACAGCAGCCUGUGCUUAUUAAAUAUGGCAGCGUUAUCAGUUUUUGUAUUACUCAUGCAUGGUAAAAUAUGAGUAAUGCUGGUGGAUUUCUCUGAAAUAUUAUCAGGGAAAAGCAGGUAUCUGACAUAUAAUGUAGAGACUGCAUUUGUAUGCAAGUGACAAGCUCUUUCGGACAUUUGGAAACAUAGAGGUUUACAUUGUGUGUGCUUAGAAAAGUUUGCUGACUUUCUGGUGUCCUUUCCUCACCCCACCUUAGGGAGCAAUGUAUUAAAAUUGAGCAAAAUAAAACCUGGUUGAUUUA